CCCCUCCCUUCUCUCCCUCCUCCCAACGCGUUCACUCCUGCUGGGUAUACGGGAUCCACAAUGUCUUUUCACGAACAACCUCCCGCGCAACCUCCGCAGUAUGACGAGAAGACAGAUGGCAGUUCUCUGGAGAAGGGCGGUGUGAACGAUUAUGUCGUUCACCACCAAGACAGCAAUCGUCCCCAACAGUAUCAAUGGGAUACUGCUGAUUUGGAUCGUGUGCAACGUCGUCUCAAACAGCGUCAUGUUCAGAUGAUCGCUAUCGCUGGAACUAUUGGAACAGGUCUUUUCUUGGGUUCCGGUCAUGCAUUGUCAGGCGCUGGCCCACUUGGUGCUCUCAUCGCCUACAUGCUAGUCGGCACUGUCGCAUAUGCUUCGCUAUGUUCUCUGGGUGAAAUGACAUCUCAUGCGCCCAUAUCUGGUACCUUCCCCCAUUUCGGUGCCCGAUGGGUGGAUCCAGCCUUUGGUUUUGCGCUUGGUUGGAAUUACUUCUAUACCAACGCUAUUUCGGUUCCCGUCGAAAUCACCGCUGCCACUAUUCUUAUCAGUUUUUGGGAUGAUAAUCUCAACCAUCAAGCUGGUUACACAGCACUCAUUUGCGUGCUAGUUUGUGUGAUCAAUAUCUUUGGUGUACGAUACUUUGGAGAGUCCGAGUUCAUUUUCUCCAUUAUCAAACUUUGCAUGAUCACCGGUCUAAUUAUCGCUGGUCUUGUUAUUGAUCUUGGUGGAGGACCUGACCACGAUCGUCGCGGUUUCCGAUACUGGAGAAACCCCGGCGCAGUCGCCCCAGCCGGCCUCGAACCCAAUCACCCGAGUCUUGACAAGUUCCUCGCAAUCCUCACUCAGAUCGUCCAAGCCGCUUUCUCUUUUCAGGGUAUGGAGCUUGUCGCUGUUGCCGCUUCCGAGACUGAAAGCCCUCGUCGUAACAUUGCCAUGGCGGUGCGCAGGGUGUUCUACCGUAUUCUAGUCUUCUACAUUUUGGGUAUCCUAAUCACCGGCAUGCUCGUCCCCUACAACGACGACCGACUCCUCCAAAGCACAGGUACCGCCGCUCAAUCGCCCUACGUCAUCGUCAUGACCAGUGCCGGUAUCAAAGUACUCCCUCACAUUAUUAACGCCGGUAUCUUCACUUCGGCAUUCAGCGCAGGCAAUUCGUUCUUGUUCGCGUCUUCUCGUGUGCUUUAUGGUUUGGCCUUGAGAGGACAGGCACCGAGGUUUUUGGCGUAUUGCACGAAGAGUGGGUUGCCGAUCGUUGCCGUUAUCACGACGAGUUUGUUUGGGUUGUUGGCGUUUAUGAAUGUGAGCAGUGGUGCUGCGACUGUGUUCAACUGGUUCGUCAACCUUUCGGCGGUCGGCGGUUUCUUCAGUUGGUUGGGCAUGUGCAUCACCUACGUUUUCUUCUACCGUGGAUUCAAAGCACAACAUCUCAACCGCAAAGAACUAGUCUAUUACAGCUCCCUCCAACCAUGGUUAUCAUAUUGGGGUAUCUUCUGGUCCACCAUCUUCAUCCUCAUCAAUGGACUGGCCGUAUUCUGGGACUUCAACGCCUCAGGGUUCCUCACUGCAUACAUCAAUAUCCCAUUCUUUAUUGCACUCUAUUUCGGAUGGAAACUAUUGAAACGGACGAGGAUCUGGAAACCUCAGGAGAUGGACUUCGUCACUGGUAUCCCUUCAUUAGAAGAGACCGAACUCCCAAUACAACCACCGAAAAACAUUUGGGAGAAGAUUGCGCGCGUUCUUUUCUAGACGGACCGCUUCCAUUGCAUUUCCCGCAUAUUGUGUGCAUCACCCGUGUAUUUUGUUGGACUUAUGGAUAUAGCAUGCUGUCUGUGUUGGUUUUCCACAGUGGUGCUGUCACGAUGACCAUGAUGACCCCCCUAGUGUACCUUUAGUAUGUUUUCGGACGUAUACCACCACCUCUGAAUAAAAACUGCCUUCCGUCUCGAAAUCAUGU